AUGGGACGCUUAGAAGGAAAACUGACGCUAGAGAUUGAUUCUACUGUACAACCAGUGAGACUUCCGGUAAGAAGAAUACCACUAGCUGUCAAGGCUGAACUGAAAAAAGAAUUGGACAGAUUAGAGAAACUGAGUGUCAUUCAAAGAGAAGACAAGCCAACCGACUGGAUAUCUAGUUUGGUGGUGGUGCGCAAACAAAAUGGAAAGUUGAGGAUUUGCAUCGAUCCGAAACCCCUCAACAACGCACUCAAGAGAAGCCACUACCUCCUACCAACAUUGGAAGACUUAUUACCAGAGCUGACCGAAGCAAAAGUUUUUAGUGUCUUGGAUGUUCGCAACGGAUUCUGGCACAUCGAAUUGGACAAAGAAUCAAGUCUAUUGACAACUUACUCGAACUGUCUAUAUCUAGAAGAGAAGACGGACGGAAGAAAGAAAAAGUCUGCUAGACCUGAGCGAAGCCAAAGUGGCAAGAAAGAGGUUCCUUUGCCUUUUACACACCCCUUCACUACAAACGCACCAGGAAAAGCUGUCUACAUCAAUGGUGUAGUAUCGCAAAACCCCUAUCGAUUUGAAGUCGAGUAUUCUUCCGAGAAUGGCAAAAAUGUGGCACUUCAAAUUAAUGUACGAUUUGAUGAAGGUGCAAUCGUUUUCAACUCCAUAAAACAAAACAAGUUGGGUCACGAAGAGACAGCCGAUAAAUUUCCAUUUAAAGCAGGAAAAAAGUUUCUUCUUGUGAUAGAGACAAGGAACGACAAUUAUCACGUCAAAUUGAAUGGCCACCAUUUGUAUACGUUUAACCAUCGCUUGCCAACAAAUUCCGUCCAACAAAUUCGCAUCAAUGAGGAACGACGGGAUAUUGGAGACGAUUCCACUGUGUCCAUCACUCUAGUCAGAGUCGACGGCUUAUGGACCGGAGACAUAGAACAAGAAACGGUUAUUUUGGCAAGCAGGAAUGUUACAGCGUGUAAUGUCUUCCUGAGCAACUUACAGACGGUAUCAACUGGGAAUGUACGGAACAGAAAAGCUCGGUUUCAAAUCAGUGCAACAUCUAGUAAUGGUUCAACUGUAUACACGUUACAAAGUGUCAAAUAUCCUAACAAUUGGUUGACAAUUACAAACACUGCAGUCGGAACGGCCCCUUCACGUUCUGCGGAAGAUCAUACUCAGAUCAACAUUCAAGAGACAAAUGAUAAUUACUACAUAUUCCAAUCCGUCUCGGAUCCCUCUUCCUACCUCGGAGUCACCUCAGAAGGCUGUAUUGCUCUUCCCAACACGGUAUCACCUACUAACUCGCUUUCCAACUUCUACAACGGGUUGAUGUGAUGACGCAACAUUUUUGACUUUGAACUGUACCUGUAGCAGUACAGCAAUAUUCUGACAGUUAACAUGUCUUGUUAAUUAGUAAAAGUGUUUUUGUGCGCUGGCUGUUGAGAGAGAAGGCGGUGUCUGCAUCUAAAGUAAUUUGGCAGUUUAAUGUUUCUGUUAGACGGACAUUUUAUUCCGUCAACUUCGCUUAGAAAUUCCGUUUGCUUCA